ACACACUUCCGCUCAAUAACCUACAAUCAACAAAUCACCUUACCUGCAUACGCAAAUCACCCCACUCGCAAUCCCUAAUCACCCCGCUCAAGGCGUCAGUUUUUGUUAAACUACCUGAACUUCCCGUUGCCUCAUCAUCCCGCUCUACUACUCAACAUGCGCUUCACAAUCCUCUCAGUUCUCAUCGCUCUGUUCGCUACCUUCGCCAUGGCCGCCGUUCCGCAGAAAUCCGUUAUCAUUAGCUGGCCGAACGAGACGCCGGAUCACGUUGUCGAGGAGGCUAAAGAAGCUAUUCGAAAGGCAAAUGGAGUUAUUACACACGAAUACAACAUCAUCAAGGGCUUCGCGUGCCAGGCACCGGCUACCGCGCUCGAAUUUGUGUCGACUAUGGCUGAUGGCAUCACCCCCGAGAUCGAGGAGGAUGGCGUUGUGACGACGCAGAACGAGUAGGCUUUUGUGUGGAGACGAUGUUCUGCUGGAUUGGUGCCAGAUCUUCUUGCUCCUUGUCAGUAGACACGUGCUUGGAUUUAGUUUGUUGGUCACGGUCGCGUCAGGUCAUGGCUCUUAUUAUGUGACUUGUAUUAUUGCUUGAUCUUGGAACUUGUAGAGUUGUAUCGGCAUCUUGGUCGUUGAAUGAAACAUUUGCCUUCCCGA